UUAAGGAGGAUCCAUGAUCCCUAAGAGGUAUUUUUCUAAGACUAAAUUAAGGAUGAAUUUCAUGAUUAAUGCCUCAUUCCUUUGUAAUAGUAGGUAAGGCCAAUGCCAUUAAUUUAGUUGCUAUAAAAUGCUCAAGCAUUGACUCAAAACAACCAUACUUCUUGUUAUUAUUGUCAUCUUUGUUCCUGUUGUUGUGGCUGCUGUUGAAAAAAAAAAAGUCGAGAUGGAUCCUUCAAGAAUCUCCCUCCGACCGUUUAAACUCUCCGACGUUGAUGAUUUUAUGGUCUGGGCCGGCGAUGAUCAGGUGACUAAGCAUCUCAGAUGGAAGACCUUUACCUCUAGGGAAGAUGCUUUGAACUACAUCAAGGAUGUUUGCAUUCCCCACCCUUGGCGUCGAUCGAUAUGUCUUGAUGACCGUUCGGUUGGCUUCAUUUCUGUCAUGCCAGCUUCCGGCGACGACAUACACAGGGCUGACAUGGGAUAUGCUCUAGCUGCCAAGUACUGGGGUCAAGGGAUUGCUACCAUAGCUGUGAAAAUGGCUCUUGGCUGUGUAUUCAAAGAUAUUCCACACUUGGUGAGGCUGCAAGCUAUGACUAACGUGGAAAACAGGGCUUCUCAGAGAGUUUUAGAGAAAGCUGGGUUCACCAAGGAGGGUGUUUUGAGGAAGUAUGGCUUUCUAAAAGGGAAGAUCAAUGAUUUGGUUAUCUACAGUUUCAUAUGUACUGAAACCUUAAUCAAUUGAUGAUAAUUUUAAGAGACAAAUUGGUGAGUUAAUUGAAACUAGGGCUGUAUUUGGUUGCAGAGCAAAUUUCAUUUGCAAUGGUAUAUGGGAAUGCAAAUAGGCUGAGUUCUGAUUUACUUUUUGCUUUAGAUUUGAUCGUGUUGUUUGUUUGAGAAAAGUAAGAUGGUACAGUCUCACCUUAUAUGUAAUAGAAUGGAGGUAGGAGGGUUGUUUA